AUGGACUCCGGCGCAACGGGGGAUGCCCCGUCUCUUCCAUGGCGGUCAUUUUCAAACAUGACCAUGUGGGGAGUCGGUGGACUUUGUCGCGCAUUCUUGUCGCUAUUGAGCCAUGCAGAGGUUCAUGGGGGUGAAGAGUUCAUUGCUCUGCUGGAAUCGCGCAGGGAUCCAUCGCAGAGGACGAAAGGACUGAUUACUGUCUCGAACCAUACCAGCGUUAUGGACGAUCCUUUGAUCUGGGGACUGCUUCCAUUCCGAUUUUGGAACAAGCGUUGGUCUUUUGGUAGUCAUGAUAUCUGCUAUCAGACAAGGUCCCUUUCGUUCUUCUUCUCAUUGGGACAAGUUCUACCCACACAUCGCCUCGCCCAUUCUCCAUUCGGUGGACUUGGUCAACCAGCAAUUACAGAGGCUAUUAGAUUGCUCUCCAAUGGCCCCUUCCCCGUCGACCACCACCGCGCUGCCCCGGAACUCCAAAAGUUCAGUCUCGAAAACGUCUGCGUUGAUCCCUUCUCCGAGCUUUCCGUCGCAUAUACAACAAAUGGUAACGAUGCACACCUAGCACCGUCGGCAUUUUCCUGCCAUGCAUACUCUUGGGUACACAUCUUUCCCGAGGGUAAGAUCCACCAAGCACCGCGUAAAACCAUGCGAUACUUCAAGUGGGGCAUCGCGCGACUUAUCCUUGAAGCAAGCGAGUGCCCCGAUGUGGUCCCUAUGUGGAUUGAAGGGUUUGAUGAUAUUAUGCAUGAGAGCCGAGAGUACCCAAGAUUCCUUCCCCGUCCCGGCAAGAAGGUCAGUGUGACUUUCGGCCCAAAGGUUGACUCCCAGGAAGUAUUUGACAAUGUACGGACACGCUGGCAAAAUCUCAAGGCCAAGGUUGUUGCGGCCGAUCCUCAAUCUCAAGACCUGCCAUUUGGUGUCUUGAGCGAGGAACUCUUGCACAACAAAGAAGCUGUUGAGCUACGCAAGGAAGUCACACUAAAGAUUCGAAACCUCGUAUUAGAUGUGCGAAGAUCUCGUGGUCUUCCGGAUGAGGAUCCGAAAGAAGGUCUUGUCGAGACCUGGCUUGAGGAGGGAUCAAAGCGUGAGGGGCACAUGAAAGAUGGUUCUUGGGUCCGAGAUAUCUAA